AUGAGGACCUCAGUUGCAUCCGCCGUGCUCCUGGCCCUCGGGCUGGCCGACGCCGUCGCCGUCGUACCCAAGCCGUUGAAGGUUGACUACAGCGGCUUCCGUGGCCUGCGUGUCACCCUGAACGAGCACACCCAAGAGGUCGAGGACAAGCUCACUGAGCUUGUAGCCCACAUCCUCAACCCUGGUGCCGAGGUGCUGGACGUGGUUGUCGACCCUGCCAACAUCGACGCCGUCACAAACAUGGCCGCGUCCGCCGAGGUCAUCAUUGACGACGUCGGCGCCCUCUUGGCCGAGGAGGAGCAUUCCGCGCCACUCGCUACGCGCGCGGUUCCCGCAGAGUCUUGGUUCACGGCGUACCACAGCUACAAUGACCACCUGCAGUUCCUUCGAGAUCUUCAGGGCGGCUUCACCUCCAACUCGGCCAUCGUCACGGCUGGCACCUCGGCCCAAGGAAAGAUCCUGACCGGCAUCCAGAUCUGGGGUAGCGGCGGCAGGGGCUCCAAGCCUGCCAUCGUGAUCCACGGUACCGUCCACGCGCGCGAGUGGAUCUCCACCAUGACCACCGAGUACAUCGCUUGGCAGCUUCUGACCAAGUACAGCUCCGACGCUGCUGUCAAGGCGCUGGUUGACAAGUUCGACUUUUACAUCACGCCCAUCGUCAACCCUGAUGGCUUUGCGUACACGCAGACCAACGACCGCCUCUGGCGCAAGAACCGCCAGACCGUCAGCGGAAACUCGUGCGUUGGCAGGGACAUCAACAGGAACUGGCCGAGCUCGUCGUGGGCAAUGACUGGAGGCGCUUCGACCAGCCCCUGCUCCGAGACUUACAAGGGCCAGGCCGCCGGCGACUCUCCCGAGAACAAGGGCCUUGUGGCUCAGGCUCAGUCCCUGCGGAGCGGCAACGGAAUCCGGCUUUACCUCGACAUUCACUCAUACGGACAGUACAUUCUUUGGCCCUACGGCCACGACUGCAACUUCGUCGACCCUGCCGAGACGAGGUGGCGAUCGCUGGCAACUGCUGCCCAGUCCGCCAUCCGCGCCGUGUCGGGCACUGCCUACACCAUCGGCAACAGCUGCCGCGCCCUGUACAAGACCACGGGCGACAGCACCGGCUACUUCGCUGGCUCGGCGAGCACCCCCAACGCCUUCACCUACGAGCUCCGCGACACCGGUGACUUCGGCUUCUCGCUGCCCGCCAACCAGAUCCAGCCCACCGUCCGCGAGACCUGGGCGGGCAUUGUUUCCAUGCUGCAGAAUGUCUAA